AUGAACACUGGGCUGUAUUCUAUAGAUGCCAUAUCCAUUGUUAUAUUUACAGGAAACUUAAACAGACCUGUAUUGAGUGCAAAGUCUCACAUAACUGGAAAAGCAAUAACGCUGAUUUGUGAAUUGCCUCAAACAUUCCCUGAAGCUCACUGCCAUUUCUACAGAGAUGAUGAUUUGCAUCCAAUCAAGUCAAAGAGCUCAGAAGAUAACAAGUGUGAACUGUCUGUGAAUGGACAUGAGCUGCUAGGAAGUCGAGCUACAGGGAUGGAGACUGAGGUUCAACUGAGGUGUGACUACACUCUGAAUAUGCGCCCGGAGAUCCAUUCACAGUACAGCAAUUACACAAGCAUUAUAGUACUGGUCAAUCAGAAACCAGAAGUUUAUGUUCAAGAAAAUAAGAUUUCAGUCCUCUGUAAAGCUCCUUCUAAUGCUAGUGAAGUACUGUUCCACUUGUAUCAAGAGAGAAAAGAAGAAUCUAUUGAGAGCAAAAUGGCUGAAAACAAUCAGAACUUUGUUAUCUUUGAAAUAGCAAGGCACGAAGGUGAAAUAUCCAUGAGAUACUGGUGUCAGUAUGAGUAUAAAGGAGUAAAAUCACCUAAGAGUGAUCUCAUUGGGGCAGGAGAGACUACCUGCAGUGUGGAGUGCACCUUAUUAGCUAAAGGAAUUGCAACUGGGUCAUUUUUCAUUUUUGUGUUUUCCCUUCAUCUAUAUGCUCAUCUUAGAUGCAGUAAGUAAAAGAAGGGUAGUGAGAGUGCCACUGAUCAGCAGGUGGUGCCUGGACUUUUAAACAGAAAACAAGGUUUCUCUCUUUUAACAUUUACUAGGGACUCAGAUAUUAAAGAUAUUACAUUUGUAUGCAAUAUAAAACAUUGAAUCAAGAAUGUUUACCUAAUCAACAAUUAAUUAAUUAAUGGUAUCUUAUACUAUUGGGACUUAACAUUGUGGUAAAAGAAAUCUAGGCACAUUACCAAACUGGUACUAUAAUACACCAGUCUUCGGCUUAGAAAUGGUGGGCACUCCAUCUCAUUUCCUUCUUGUUCAUAUUUCAGUGUUCACGUCCUUCAUCUUUGAAACCUCAAAGGCUUUGGGUGUCUGUAUUGCUAAGAACCAGAUUUAACAUUUAAUUUCAUCUUUCUUCAGUUAGUUCCACCUUGUUUUAUUUGUAUUUCUUUGCUCCGUUCUACCCAUUUAAACACAGCUUCAUCGCUGUGUGCCACUUCGACUUUACUGUUAAGUUUUCAUGUAAUUUCACCUCAAUUUAUACUAAAAUAAUAUGUUUAAAAUGUAAGUCUUUCUUCCAAAAUCAUAAUCAUCAGCAUAUUCUGCAACUGCAGCUCGUAUUAUUACCAGAACCCUUUCCAUAGAACACAUUAUUCCUGUCCUUCAACAGCUUCACAGGCUUCCUAUUAAAUAUGACAUUGAUUUUAAGAUUCUGCUUAUUACUUACAAGACUCUUCAUAAUCUGGCAUCUCCUUAUCUUUCUGAUCUUCUUCACAUCACAAAUUCCUUCUCUUAUCCUUAGAUCUUCUUCCUCUAUCAAUCUUAUUAUACCUCCUGCUUGCUUAACUACAAUGGGGUUUAGAGCUUUCAAUCGAGUGGCUCCUUGCCUCUAGAACUCUCUCCCACAAGACAUUCGUAAUAUCAGCUAUCUUCCUACCUUUAAAUCUCACUUUAAAACACGUCUUUUUAAGCUGGCUUAUUCUGUCUGAUAAUUUUAGCUGAUAAAUUUAAAUUUAAUUUAAUUGUAUUUAUUCUGGUUUUAUUGUACAGUAAUAUCUUAUUAAUUUUAUGCUGUGAAUGUCGUUAUUAAUGUGCUCUGUAAGGUGUCCUUGUGUGCCUUGAAAGGCACCUAUAAGUAAAAUAAAUUAUUUUUAUUAUAUUCCGUAUAUAUUUGUAUGCUGUCAAUAUUUUAUGCAUUUCUUUUUCUGUAAUUAUUUUUACUUUGUAAUUAGUUGUAAUUUUGUUUUC